GUAGCCGUUUAGCGGGAACCUGGCAAAUUGUUGUUGUUCCUGAAGCAUACACGCGGGAAGGAGCAGCUACAGCACGUGCUGUACAUGAGUACAAGUAUGCGGACACGCUCGCAGAGAACCGCGUCAAACAAAUGUUCACCUAAAUGUAAGAAGAAAAACACUGUUUCCAAAGGGAACCAUAAUGCUGAAAUGAAAACCAAGACCCCACAAACGCCCAAUAAAAGUGGGAGAAAAAAUAAUCCGAAAACAUCAUCAUAUGUUAAUGGUCACCGCUGCAAGGAAGACCCACAACCUGCUGAUAUAAAUGGAAAUGUGAAGACAAGGAAGGUCAUCGGUGUGAAGAGUUCUGCAAAACAUGCAGGGGGGGAAAGCAGUAGCAAAGAGAGGAAGCCCAGUUCCUAUGAUCAAUGGGUGGAAGGUAAAUUUCCAUGUAAAGAAUGUGGCGUUGUUCUGCAGAGCAGAAAGGACCUUAUCGAUCAUAACCAGAUGGCACAUCAUCAGUUACGUCCAUGUAAGUGUCGUGUAUGUGGCGACCGCUUUGCUAAUCAAUAUACACUGAAACUUCAUAUGCGCACUCAUUCUGGGGAGCGUCCGUACACCUGCAAAAUCUGUAAAAAGGGUUUUACCCAAAAGGGCUCUCUAAACACCCACAUGAUUCUGCACAGCGGUGUUAAAGCCUUUAAAUGUGAAGAAUGUGGCCAUAUGUUUGCUAGAUGCGGAGAUUUGAAGUCGCACCGGAAAAUUCACAGUGAUGAAAAACGGCACAGUUGUACCGAAUGUGGCAAACAAUUCCAUCGAGCGGAACAUUUGCGGCAGCAUUUGCUGAUUCAUGCUGGAGAAUUACCGUUUUCCUGUACCGUCUGCGAUAAAAAGUUUCGUAUUGCUAGUAACCUUGCUUCUCAUCAACGCACGCAUACAGGAGAAAAACCUUUUGAAUGUCCUGAAUGUGAUAUGCGCUUCAGACAGUGGGCCCACCUGAAAGUACAUCAAAGUGUGCACUCGGAUGAACGUCCAUAUGCAUGUGAGCACUGCGAUAUGAAGUUCUCACGUUUGGGUUAUCUGCGCAAUCACAUGCAAAUUCACACCAACAACCGACUUUUUGUCUGUGAGGACUGUGGUCACUGUUACAGAAGCCAGAGUAACUUGGAUGUUCACCGCGCCGUGCAUUCUGAAGACCGGCCGUUUAAAUGCACGCUGUGCGACAAGAGCUUUAAACAGCAUCCAGGACUGAUGAGACACAAACUUGUUCACACAGCAGAGCGACCACACCAGUGUAAGAUCUGCAGCAAAACGUAUCGCAGCACAGGAGGACUGCGUUUACAUAUGUUUUCUCACACAGGUGCUCGUCCUUACGUUUGCAGUGAGUGCAAAAAAGGCUUUAGAGAUCCUGGUGCCCUCACGAGACACAUCCGAACACACACCGGAGAAAAACCUCAUAAGUGUGAGCUUUGUCCAAAGGCGUAUUCCCAGCUUUCAGGAUACUACGCUCAUAUGCGUAUACACACUGGGGAAAAACCCUACAAAUGCACCAACUGCUCUAAAGUUUUUCGCCAUCGGAAUAGUUUGAAAGCCCACCUUUUACUCCACACUGGACAGGCUCCUUUUCCCUGUCCAGGAUGUGGAAAACUUUUUAAGCAAAUGAAUAGUUUAAAAAAACACAUGACAACAUUUGGCCACAGUGCCAAAGAAGAAACCUGAUAUCAGUAAAGUGGAAAACGUGUAAAACGUAAGAAAUUCAUAACCAAAGAUGGAAGUUAGCUUUUAAAUAAGAAGCUUUAAGCUGUUGAAGGAAUAUUUCUGUCAUCAUUCACUCACCCUCAAGUUGUUUCAAACCUACAUACAUUUCUUUGUUCUGCUGAACACAACAGAAGAUAUUUGCAAGAAAGAUCUGAUCCCCCAUUUACUGCCAUAAUAGGGAAAAUAAAUACUAAAGGAGUAAAUGGAGGAUGAGAUCUGUUUGAUUACUGAUAUUCUUCCAAAUAUCUUCCUUUGUGUUCAGCAGAACAAAGAAAUGUAUACAGGUUUGACACAGUUUGAAUCCGUGGGAUAGAAAAUAACAUAUAAAAAUGUGUGUGAACCAUCACUUUAAGACAAGAUGAUAAGAGUUUGUAAACACAUGCACACACAUAUUGCGCGCGUAUGUAGUGAAUAGUAACAUGUACCUAAUCUAAACUUAUUUGUUGUUAACGUUGAAAGAUUGUCGUAUUGUGUAAACCUGCACAUAUAUAUAAAUUGGGUAUUUGAAAAAGGUUUUUUGCUGUCAAAAACUGUAGCCAAGAGUUUUAAAUAAAAUACACAAGCCUGCCUGUCACAUCA